AUGUCGUCGCCUCACACUAUCCGUUGGGGAAUCCUAGCAACCGGAGGCAUCGCCGAGAAUUUCGCCAAAGAUCUAAUGAUUGACCCCUCCACCCGCUCCGUCUCCGAUAUAAAACACACCGUCACUGCCGCCGCCUCCUCAUCGUCCUCUUCCCGCGCCAAACAGUUCCUCGAAUCCUGCAAAUGCCCCGCCUCCGCCUCUGCUUACGGCUCCUACCAAGAACUCGUCAAGGAUCCAAACGUCGACAUAAUCUACGUCGCCACCCCGCAUUCACAUCAUUACCAGAACACCAUGCUGUGCCUCCUAGCAGGCAAACACGUACUGUGCGAGAAGGCGUUCACUGUCAAUGCGGCGCAGGCGAAGAAAUUGGUUGAGACGGCUAAGAAGAAGAAGCUGUUCUUGAUGGAAGCGGUUUGGACGAGGUUUUUCCCACUAAGCAUUCAGAUCAGGAAAAUGAUUGAGGAUGGAGAGUUGGGGGCUGUGCAUAGGGUCAUUGCGGAUUUGAGCUUCGGUCAGGACGUGGAGAAUACGUGGGGCGCGGAUGGCGCGAAGCAUAGGAUGGUGAACCCAGAUUUGGCGGGUGGUGCUAUGCUUGAUCUGGGCGUCUACCCGCUAACGUGGUGCUUCCAAACCCUCUACCACACCGUCCCCGCCUCCGACCGCAAAGCCCCCUCCGUCCUCGCAGCCGUCGAAAAGUACAGCACCGGCGCCGACGAAAAAACCUCCAUCCUGCUUACCUUCCCCUCUGCCCCCGGCGGCAAACAUACCGCUCACGGCAUCGCCCUUACAAACUUCCGCGUCGCGACAUUGCCUGAUGGAUUCAAUACGGCCAAACCUGCUAUUCGGAUCCAAGGGACGAAGGGAGAGAUUCAGGUCGAUGGGCCGGCGUUCAGACCCACGCACUAUAGGUUCAUUCCCGCGGAGGAUGAUCUGGAUCCGCAGGUUGUCAAGAAGGGGAGUAAUGAGAAGGUGAGGGAGGUGGAGUGCGAGAUUCCGGGACAGGGCAUGUUUUGGGAGGCGGAUGAGUGUGGUAGAUGUAUUAGGGAUGGGAAGUUGGAAAGUGCGGGAAUGGGAUGGGAGGAGAGUAUUGUGAUCAUGGAGACGAUGGAUCAGGUCAGGAAACAGGGAGGGGUCACGUACCCGGAGAAGAUCGAGACGACGGAGUAUCCAGUCUCCUUGUGA